AUGUUGGAACGGGCAACCGCCUGUUUCGAGAGCGCAGGACGGCGUUUGUUUCGAGACUCCAAUGAUGCGAUUCGAACACGGAGAUCCCUGUAUCGCAAUUUUUGGAAACACAAUGCUACUGCAGAGGACUUCCCCGGUUGGUUUCUCGCGUUGGUCCAGCCGUCAAACCAACGCUCGUCCUCCGCUCUCAACCUCGCCUCCCAAAACCAAAAUCUAUCGGCCCAAGAUGGAGGAACGCCCUUUUUGGAAUUCUUGUACCCCCGAACCUCUUCGCCGGCAUUGCGCAUACCCCGACAAUCAAGGAGAUUGGGUCUGCGCCGAAGAAGACGAUCGCUGGUCGGCUUCCCGAGAAACUACACCUCCGAAGCGGUCUCAAACACUCAACCCACCCUUCCCGACACUUCACGGAUACACGGGACAACCCUCCAAGAUGGGACAGAUAAUCCAGCAGCUAGCCGGGCCAUAGAAGAACUCUCAAGGAUACUGGAAGACAAAAGCAAGGAUGUUGACAAGGAUUUCGACAAGGCAUGGGUUCUUUACCUGGCUGCUGGAAAACCAUCGGCCAUUCGUUCCCCCUUAUGUCAAUAUCUAUCAGCUUCCAACCACAGCUCGGAUUCGGACCGGGCUUGGCAACUCUUUGAGGAGAUUCCGCUCAAAGACCGCUCACCCAGUGACUUUAAUCGCAUUACUUAUUCCCAAGCACGAGUCGAAAAUUCUCCAAGACUCAUGGAAAUAGCCACGCAAGCAGAGCAUUCUACAACGCAAGAAGCUGCCAACUUAUGUUUUCCUCGAAUCUUCGCAUAUUUCUUCAAAAGGAAACUGUGGAGUCCCGCCGUGGAAGUCUCGCGAAUAUGGGGUUCCCUCGAACACCCAGAGGAUAUUCAAAAAGCCCAAUUGUUAUUUUUACACGUUGCAGACGUUACCCUCGUUUCGAACUGCCUGGAAUUUGGACUCCAUCUUCAAAAAUCCAGACAAUAUGCUAACAAAAGAAGGCAUAAGCAUUUCUUUGACCUUGCAGAAGCGCUUCUGCAUCAAAUUUCACACUCCCCAGCUCAGCCUGAACAUGCCUCGCUGUAUAUCCUGCUCGAAAUGCUGAGAGUAUAUGGAGACAUAUAUGUCCCUAUGCUGAAGCAUUACAGCAAGAUCAUCAAAACGCUUCAGUCGUCGCCAACUCGCUCCGGAUUUUCUCGAUCAAUAGUCUUUUAUCGCCAACUGCGUUUGGAGGCGCCUAAUCUCCGACCUUCAUAUGACCUGUUAGCUGGCCAGUUGGACUCUAUGAAAGCAUGGGGAAUGACUAGCGGUAUAUCAUAUAUUUUGGCCGAAUUCGAACAUUUCUUUGAACGGCCGAGCAUGCGUGCAUACCUCGUGAGCCUGGACUGCUAUGCCCAUGCUGGGGACUUUUCACAGGCUGAAUCGGUCUUUAACAGGAUGCUGGCGGAUCAUGGGAACCCUACAGACUGUCGGCCAGUGCUACCACUACUCGUUGCUCAUGCCAAGACGGGCAAUGUGAAACAAGCACGUCGACAAUUCGAACGAUUGACGAAUGAAUUUCAGCUCCAGCCAAAUACCCACUGCUGGAAUGCACUUAUCAGGGCACAUGCUGCCAACAAUGAUUGGACUGGUGCACAGAAAACCUUCACUCAAAUGUUAGAUGCCGGCUUGCAGCCAGAUUCAUAUAGCUUUGGCACAUUGAUGGGAAUCACCGCAAAGAGAGGCGACGUUGAUGGCACCCGUCGGCUCCUGGAAGAAGCACGUCGGCAUCGAGUAUUAAUCACAAUGCCAAUGCUUGAUACAGUCAUUCAAGCACACUGCAUAAACGGGCAGUUGGAUUUCGCAGAACAGCUUGCAGAGGCGUGUUCCAAACUUGCAAUCCGGGGGAACGCCACCAGAAUCUGGAAUAUGAUCCUACUUCAGUAUGCGCGCAGGCUCGACGUCAAAGCUUGCUACCGGAUCAGAGAACGCAUGAGAGCGGUCAAUGUUCCGUGGGAUGCUUGGACGUAUUACGCAACGAUGCGUGGUCUUGUCCUGAUUGGCAGACCUGAACGAGCACGAAAAAUGCUUCAAGAACUGCACCAUCACCGUGAAAUGUAUGCUGAAGAGGCCCAUUACGCCCUCGUUCUAUCCGGAUUCGUUAAGAAACGCAACAGAGAUAUGGUGCACAUCAUUUUCAAAGAGAUCGUGGAGCGAUUUGGCAAAGCUGGGCCUAAGUCAAGCUUCUUGUAUCUCAAAAACCAGGUUUGGCGUGAUUUGCGAAUCGCAAAAGAGACCGGUAUCACAAAUGAUGCUGACGUCCGUCUGGUGCACGCGGAAAAGGCUUUGGCCGAAUACCUGGCUAACUCUCAUGACGCAUCAUCGACUUCCAUGCCUGGCAACCAACCUGGCAAUCAACUUGUCAAUAAACCUGUCAAUGAUGCUGAGGUGGCUCCUCAAUACGAAUACCUGAUCCACCAAUACGGGAUACGUGGUGCGAUUAAUCGUGCCCAUGCACUAUACCAGCAAUUUGUGGAUAGGCGGGAUCCCGGAAACCCUGAGGAGCACGAGCCGAAACCGAUGCCAAUUGGAGUUCUCACUUCCAUGAUGUCUGCUCAUCUAAACGUGGCACAAUAUAAUGAAGCAGAGAAGCUGUGGAAACUCGCGAUAUCUGAUGCUAUGGAACAAGCCAGUGAGAUUGUGAUUGACUUGUCGCCCAAUUCUUCCUCAUCGAACAUUGAGGGGUCCCAUGCUACAAGUUCUCGGUGCUCUGACUUGCCGACCACCAAUGUUUCUGUCGUUCCCCAUAUCCGCAAGAUUACAUCAGCACAGCGUUUUAUUCUUGCGAAACCCUUGUCCAUCUACAUGCGAGUCUUGGGCUACCAGAACCAGGCGAGCAGGAUCAGUGAGGUCGUGGCGAAUCUCGAGAAACUUGGCUUCGAAUUGACUACCUUCAAUUGGUCAAGCUGGGUACAAAUGCUGGCAUCUUCCGACUACUAUCCUGAUCAGGUCAAAGCUUUCCGAAUGUUCGAAGAGAAAUUCGCACCUCGUUUCCCUGGAUGGUACAAACUUUUACGCGGAUUUGGCCACAAAUCACCCAAAAUGACGAAUAGUACUUGGAUGCUUGAAGAUGAUCGAACAGAGUCGUUCCGGGAUGUUUCCGGCAAGAACACACGAAAGCACUGGAUCGGUAUUGAACCAGAUCAUCUGCAACCGACUUAUCUCACCAUCGUUUUCCUCGCCGCCUCUCUCAAUCGUAUCCGAGAUAAAACCAUCACUCAAGGCAAUCACGAACUCCAGAAGAUCAACACCGUCGCUCCCCAAACGGUCAAAUUGAUCGGUGAAAUGCCUUAUAAGCGCGACAAGAUCCAAGGUGUAUUGCUUCGACAUCGUUCGCAGCAACCUGACAACGAGAAAAAUCCAACCGUGCAACUCAUCAUGAGAGGUGGCGUUCUCGGCAAGGAAAAACCUCCCAGAAGUCGACCUGACAUCUUCAAAGAUGGCGAGACAUUGGAGACGUGGCAGCGCAAGACUCCAAAUUAUCUAACCAAAGGGCCCGGGAAAUCUAUCGAGACUGAAAGUGCUGCGGAUGACUUCGUUUGGGAUGAUCGGGGCGUGGUCACCCAGUUGAAUCCGCUGCCAGCCGCAGACGAAAUCGACACUGAGAACCACCUCCGCAGGAGUCACACCACAACCCAACAAAAGGAGAAUAAACGCCAGUCGCGUUUUGCCAGUGUCGUUGCUCGUGAAAAGAAGCGACGCGAAAUCACCAGGGAACGUCUCGAACCCUCUGUGAAUCAAAACCUAGUCGACUACAAGGUGUUCGCAGAAGACGACCAAGCCGUUGAUGAAGAGGAUGAGACUCUUGCUGACCAGCCCUGGGUUGAUGAGGACUUUCAGGCUUUCGUCGAGGAAGUCAAGGUUGCUGACGAGGAGCAAGUGGAAGCAGAGCCCUACGAGCAACCUGGGCAGCAAGAGCAUUCCGAGGUUGAGCGCUCGGAGGAUAGAGAGCAGUCCGAAUCUGGAUCUAAAAUUGAGUGCGCCGAGCAGGCCACAGACGACCAUAGCGAGGUUCCUGAUGAGAACAAACCUCGCGAAUAA